CUUCUCCACAACGGCACGCUCCACUUCGCUCCCUUCUCUUUUCUUCCAUACUAACGAUCCGUGACUACCUAGCCCAUUCAUAUCUUCCGCAAUGUUCGUCUCACGCUUCCGCUGCUCCUUACGGCCGUUCCCCUCCAUUCCCUCUAUUCGAUUCUCAGCAACCCCGGGCAGACGAGCAAUGUCGUCCCACUACACUCUCGAUUCAUACCUCGUAUCACCCUCAGAGCUCAAUGCCGCGUUGCAAAAGAACGUCUUCAGCAAGCUCUCCACUGCCCCUCGCGUCAUCCCCCUCUGCGCCUCCUGGUUCCUACCAAACGACGGACGAGAUGGUUACGAAACGUUCAUUGCGCAGCGCAUUCCGCACGCACGCUUUUUCGACGUCGACGCCAUCAAGGAUCCCCACUCGCCAUUUCCACACAUGCUCCCCUCCCCCUCCGACUUCGCAGACGCAAUGCGCCGACUCGGCAUACAGCGCGAAGAUAGCGUGGUGGUCUAUGAUAGCAAAGAGCUGGGCAUUCUCUCUGCGCCAAGAGUGGGCUGGACACUCAAAGCCUUUGGACAUCCGAAUGUGCACAUCUUGAACAACUUCCGCAAAUGGGUGGAUGAAGGGUUUCCGACCGAGAGUGGGGAGCCCAAGGAGGUGCCAAAGGUCACGUACGAGGUGCCAGCGCUGGAUGAAGGCAAGGUCGUGGCUUUUGAGGAAGUGAGAGAUAUUGCGAAGGAGCUGGGUAAGGAGGGAGCAGAGGAGGUACAGAUCUUGGAUGCGAGAAGUCUAGGGCGCUGGAAGGGCGUGGAUCCGGAGCCAAGAGAAGGUCUGUCUUCCGGACAUAUUCCAUACUCCAUCUCUGUCCCAAUUUCCGACCUCCUCGAUCCAAAUGACAAGACUCUCCUCCCAGCCGCUGAGCUACAAGCACUCUUCAAGUCCAAGGGCGUUGAUCCCUCGAAGCCAAUAAUAUCCAGCUGUGGGUCUGGCGUCACAGCCGCAGUCAUCGAUGCUGCUUUGACUGAGGCGGGCUUCCCUACCCAGCAGAGGCGGCUAUAUGACGGGAGCUGGACAGAAUGGGCUCAGCGAGUGAAGCCCGGGGACGGUCUAAUCCGGAAAUCAGAAUAA